AUGUUAAAACCGCGUCACAUUUGUACUCUACCGGUGAGAGACACGUCGGGCCUACCCAAGCUGCCCCCCAACGCCAGUUGGACCAAAAGAUGCUGCAGGAACAUCAGGAAACUCUUCCUGAUGAACCCCAACCACUUCAAGUGCAACAAACUGUUCCGCAAUAAAUCAUCCGUGUUAGGUGAAAGGAAGAGGCACGCCAACAGCCCCUACUCUCUGGUGAUCCACCCUCUCAGCACGCUCAACACCAUCCUGGAAAUUGUGUUUGUAUUGACGUGGUUCUAUUCGCUGAUUAUGGAACCGUUGACGGUCUUCAGCAGCAACUUCAGCAAGUACUUGAAGAAGUUACAGUUUGUAGCGGUGGCUCCCAUUCGGCUCACUUUGAUCAUACUCCUCUUCAAUGUCGGUUACAUCGACGAGAGAACCAAGAGGGUCAUCAUCGAGCGUAAGAAGAUCAUCCUGAGGUAUUUGAGGACAUUCUUCUUUUUCGAUAUUUGUACCAGCGCUUAUCCUCUGUAUUUUAUGAAGACUCUGUCGAUGAAAGGUCUGGUUAAGUGCUCCUCGCGUCACAUAAGGGAAUCGUACUGCUUCGAAGUGUUGUAUGUCUUACGCAUACUAUGUUGCUGGGUCAGAAUAAACACCUUGCUAACUUUCCUGAACGACACGUUGGCCAAUGUAAACGUGAGGAAGACGUUAAGGAUAUUCGUCACUCACUUGAUCAGAACCUUCAUCUACCUGCACUUGAGCGCCUUUCUUCUGUACUUCGUGCCUUACCUCUUCCACAGAGGGGACUGGCCGAGGGAGUCGUGGUUGACCGAGGCCAAGAUCACCCACAGCGAGGAUCUGAGUUUCCAGUACUGCCAGUCGCUACUCCUGGCCAUGUGCUACUUCUUCGGGAUCUCGUACGAUUUCCACAUAGAACUGAUCGACGAACAGAUAUGCAUCAUCGUCAUCACCCUAUUCGGGAGGCUGUACACGCUGUACCUCCUCGCCGACAUCCUGAACAUAUUCGGCAUCGUGGGCAUCUCCGAGAGUAUGUACGAGAAACAGCUGUCUCGCCUCCAACAGUACAUGGCUGCCAAACACCUGCCGGAGAACAUGCGCCAGAGGAUGCUCAAGUACUACGAGUUCAAGUUCCAAAAGCGCUUCUUCAAAGAGGCGGAAAUCAUCAACACCCUGUCCCAGCACCUGCGCACUGAACUAUUCCUGUUCACUGCCAGGAAGUUGGUGCAAAAGGUGGAUUUCUUCAAGAGACUGCCGACUGCGGCGAUCGGCACCCUGAUAGGCGCCAUGAAUUCCGAGACUUACUCCCCCAGGGACGUGAUCAUCAAGCUGGGCUCGGAAUCAGACGACAUCUUCUUCAUAUCCACCGGCACCGUGGCGCUGAUGAACAAGGAGGGCGUGGAGCUCUGCCACCUGGAGGACGGCGAGGAGUUUGGGACCACCUGUUUCAUCGCGAAGGAGCAGAUGUUCACCGUGGUGGCGGUCGAGACAACCGAGGUUUUUACCAUAUCCAAGGAGAAGUUUCUGGAGUUCCUGAAACCCAAUCAGGACGUGGUGAACGUUUUCAUUAGUUCGGUGAGAGCCAAAGUGGCCAGGUUGAAGGCUCUGGAAGGGAGGAUCGUCACGGGGAUUGACCUGCUGACGGACCUCCGCAGCGGAAAUAUCUUGGAGGGUCGCACUAGACGACUUAUCGAUAACAAACUGGUUUCUUGA